GGACAGCAGGCCACACACACAGACCUGCCCUGAUGGCUGAGACCGUGAGCUAUGCUGACCUGCAAGGAGGGUUUGCAAGAAGCCCUCCAGAGAGAAGCCACUGGGAAGAGCCCAGCGAGGGGGAGCUCACCUACGAGAACAUCCAGUCCUCCCGGGCACAGGACGAGAUUCCCAGAGCCUCCAAGGGUGCCACAGGCUGCUGUCCCCAGGGAUGGAAGCUCUUUAGAUGGAAGUGUCUGCGGGUGUCCCUUACAGAGGCCAGGUGGGAGGACAGCAAGGCGGCCUGCCAGUACGCUUCGUCUCAGCUGCUUGUUCUGCACAAGCCCUGGGAGGCUGCUGAUGUGUGGGAUGCUGGGAGCCCUGAACAAUCAAAUCAUUACUGGAUUGGCCUAAAAAAAUCACAGAAUGGCUUCCUGUGGGUUGAUCAAACACAUAGCCUUGAGAAUUACUCAGUCAGGGCCGAAGGAGGCAGACAUAGGAAAGACUGCGUGGACCUGCACGAGGGGACUUUGAACUGGUGUCCCUGUUAUCUAAGGAAGAGAUACAUCUGCGAGAAGCCUGCCAGCCCUUGGCCGGUGGACGGAGGGCCGUGAAAUGCCCACGAUUGCGUUUGCUUUUUCCCCUCUUUGCAGCUGCAUCACUGUUGGCUCAUGUUCAGCGUGCAUGCCGCCAAGUCUCCCAGAUCCUUUCUGCGCAUACUGUGGCACGUGAUGUUCCCCCACCCUGCACUCAGGCCCCAAGGCUUUAACUCCUGUCCAGAUGAGGCCUCCCAGAUCCAAGGAAGGAGCGGUGCAAGUGUGAACCGCACAGAGCGGUGGCAUCUGCGGUCUUCGCCAAGCAAUCGCAUGUGCCACGCAUGCGGUCAGGAGAUUCCCCCUUGCACCAGCAGCCUUGAAAUCCCAUCUCAGCAAGAAGAGAAGGAAAAAGGAUCCAAAGCUGGAGGCUUUGCCACUGCUUCGAAGGCAACCAAGGGUCCACGUCCCCUCUCUGGGUAGCGCAGCCACUGGCACGCAGAGAAAGCCCGGCCACCCCAGAUCGCGUUUCCCCCAGACCAUCUCGCAACCCGUCUCUGGGCAGAGGGAGGACGGAGGGGGCUUCUUGUCCAUCGGGCCCAGCAGCUUUAGUGCAGCUUUUCCCUGUCGGCCCUCCCCUGCCCCCCCGCCCCCGACGGCUUGGACUGCCACCCUGCACAGCUGUUGUCCGAACUGACUGAGAUGUCCAAAACAGGUGAACAAGCAACCUCUUUGCCCCUGCUCUCUGCCCCCCGGGUUUUCAGUUUCAGGCGGCUUCGUCCUCAUUGUUCUGGGCAGUUCAUGGAGACAGUGUUGUCCAUGCGACGACUGAAGUCGGGUGCCUCUAGCUCACCCUCCCACAACUUGGUGCCUUUCAGAUAUGCUGAGGCGAUCAGUACCAGAAUUCCCAGUAGUUACAAACUGGAAUAACUUAACCCCUGGCCAGCCCCCUCUUCCAGGGGUUCCCCAAGGAAAGAGAAUGUCGGGAUCUACGCAAGCAACUAUCAAAAGGCUAUUAGAAAGUUAUUAGAAAAUGUAUAAUGUUGACAAGUAUGUGCUAAUUAGCUAGUAAGUGCAAAUGUUACUUCAGGCAGGAAUCGUUAUUCGUCUAGAUGCUUGCUUGUUCCUGCCAUAAAGGGGAAGAGGGGAGAUGGAGAAUAAACAACAAAGGCCAGGUGUGGUGUUAAGGCUGAACAGCCGUGAGACCAAAGAAGAGGCGCGAAGGAAUCAAGCGGGAAAAUAGAGUAGAGGGGGGUUAAAAGGAGACCCUGGCCGGGGAGGGUC